AUGGAAGAUCAUACGUUGCUAUAUACUCAUCUUUCCUCGUUCUUUUUCUCCUUUAGGCUUUCAAGCUUUUGUCACGAACAAAUUCCUCAAGUAAAAAACCUCCCUCCUAGCCUGCCUGCUCUUCCAAUUUUGGGUCAUCUCCAUCUCCUCAAAGAAACCCUUCAACGAUCUCUCCAAACUCUAUCGCGAAAAUAUGGUUCCAUAAUCUCCCUUCGAUUUGGGUCUCGUUUGGUGGUGGUGGUUUCCUCUCCAUCAGCCGUCAAGGAAUGUUUCACUACAAAUGACAUCAUUUUCGCCAAUCGCCCAAAAUUGCUAGUGGGUAAAUACAUAGGCUACAACUAUAGCAUGCUCGGGACAGAUUCAUAUGGAAAACAAUGGCGCAAUCUUCGCCGCAUAGGAACUCUUGAGAUCUUCUCUUCAAAUCGCCUAAACAUGUGUUUAGACACUAGAAGAGAUGAAAUCAAGAUUUUCCUAGGGAAACUGUAUCAUGUAUCGGGACAUGGCUUUGCUAAGGUAGAGAUGAAGUCGAAGUUCAUGGAGCUAACAUAUAACAUAAUUAUGAGAAUGCUUUCAGGGAAGCGUUAUUAUGGUGAAGAUACAGAAGGACUUGAAGAAGCAAGAAAGUUCAGGGAGAUUGUGGAAGAAACUAUGAGAUGUGCUUAA